AUGCCCGAGACAGUCCUCAAUGGCUCGGUAGUCUUAGACCAAGUACCCGUCUCCAUCGCGCUCUCACCGAACGACGUUACCGCCGUGCCGACAUGUGCAGAGAACAUCCACGCUCUGGCGAAGACCUUCGAUAAAUCAGACAAUGGCAGGAGAUUGGAGUUGCUGGCACAUGCUCGGUCGUUGGUGCGAGCGCUCGAGACGCCUCGCGAGACAAUGAUCAAACAUUGCUGGGCUCAACCGGGUGUAUAUAUGGCCAUCACAAUGGGCGUGGAUAUCGGCCUUUUCAAAGCGAUGCUCGCGAACCGCGCCUGCUCGAAGAAAGUUUCCGAUCUGGCCCCGUUGUUGGACGUGGAUGCUUUCCUUCUUGCUCGCGUGAUGCGCCAUCUAGCCGCGAUGGGCUGCAUCAGGGAAACUGGGCCGGACGAGUAUGAACUCAACGGCUUCUCCAAAUCCCUGACGAUCCCGAUCAUUGGAGACGGAUACCCUUGCUUAGCCGGGGGCGGGCGCGCAGCGCUGGACAAGUUUUCCGAGUAUGCUGCCACGACCGCGUACCAAGAGCCACGGUCGGCGGAACAUGGUCCUUUCCAGUAUGCGUACAAUACUUCGCUGAACUUCUUCGCCUACCUUCAAGCCCGGGAUCCGCUCGGAGUGCAAUUCAACCACCACAUGGGCGGGUAUCGCCAGGGCCGCCCCAGCUGGAUGGACGGCGGCUUCUUUCCCGUUUACGAAAGACUCAUCCAGGGCGCGCGCACAGAUACCGAAGCCGUUUUGUUGGUUGAUGUCGGGGGAAAUAUCGGGCACGAUCUGGACGAGUUCCAAAGAAAACACCCGGACUCCCCGGGCAGGUUGGUGCUGCAAGAUCUUCCCGAAGUGCUUGGGCAGAUAGCUGCACUCGAUACUGGCAUUGAGCGCAUGUCGUACGACUUCCUCACCGAACAGCCAGUCAAAUGUGCCCGCGCAUACUACAUGCACUCUGUGCUGCACGACUGGCCGGACGACACAUGUACGCGUAUCCUCACGAAUCUCAAAGCCGCUAUGGCGCCCGGCUACAGUAAGCUCCUCAUUAACGAGAAUGUCAUUCCCGACACACAGGCGCACUGGGAGGCCACGGCACUCGACAUGAUGAUGUUGGCACUCUUGUCUUCCAAGGAGCGUACUGCAGCACAAUGGACGCAUCUGAUUGAGGUCCAGGCCCAACUGAAAAUUGUGAAGAUCUGGGAGGGUGGGAAUGGGGUCGAAAGCUUGAUCGAGUGUGAGCUACCAUAG